GCAGCAUCUCGAACCGCUUCACUACCAGCUGUCCCCUUUGUUAAAGAGCACGUUGCCACAUGAAGCACAGUAACUCACCAAACGCCGGAAUGGAAAUGUUAAUAAAUAUUUUUCCUGACCUCAGAGAGGGCAGGUAGUUUGUCAUUGUUGUGGAGAACGGAGCGAACGCCUUCAGCUGGAAUCGCACCUGAGCAGCGGCGACAAGGGGGGGGGGCCCCCGAACGUAAGCGUAGCUCCGUCGUAGGCGUGACGCCUGCAUGCUGCCAGCGCUCGCUGAGAUCACAAAGUGUCACAUCCCCGAGAGAGACGCUCUACCGACGGCACGCUGCCACGCCGCGCCUUUGAAUGGUCUCACCUGUCCGCAUCACCUGGUCCACAUCCCCCCGGCAUCUCGAGUGGGGCUGGAGCCGCCUGCGUGUAGCUGCACACCUGAUACUGCGAAGUGCACAUAAACCGUUUUAGAAAAUGGAUUACGAAAAUUUUUCCAGCGGAGACUACGAGUUGCCGUGUGAAAUGAACGACACCCGUCAAAUGGAGCUAGGCAUACAGGUCUACGUGCAUUCCUUCAUCUGCCUGUUCGGUCUGCUGGGCAACUUGCUGGUCAUAAUAACCUACGCCUUUUACAAGAAGGCAAAAACCAUGACGGACAUGUACCUGCUGAACAUGGCCAUAGCAGAUGUGCUGUUUGUCCUUUCACUUCCCCUCAUGAUUUACAAUGAGCGGCACAACUGGAGCAUGGGUACCUGGGCGUGCAAGAUCUUCCGCGGCAUGUACAACAUCAACCUCUACAGUAGCAUGCUGCUGCUGGCAUGCAUCAGCACUGACCGCUACAUCGCCAUUGUCCAGGCCCGGAGAUCCUUCAGGAUGAGGUAUCGAACUCUGAUUUACAGCCAAAUCAUCUGCUCCGCUGUUUGGCUGUUUUCUUUGGCUUUGUCUGUUCCGUCGAUGGUCUACAAUGAGAGAUAUGAAGACACCCACCUAGGUGUGAAAAGCGAGGCCGUAUGCUACUUCCGAUUUGACGACAAUAGAAUGGCUCAGCUGGUGAAGAUCCUGGUGCCCACUACUCAGAUCACCAUUGGAUUUUUCCUUCCUUUGUUGGUCAUGUGCUUUUGCUACACCUGCAUCAUCAUCACUCUGCUCCGGGCCAAGAACUUCCAGAAGCACAAGGCGGUGCGCGUCGUACUUGCUGUAGUUGUGGUUUUCAUCGCCUGCCAAAUGCCUUACAACAUCACGCUCUUGUAUCACACAGUGGAACUCUUCCAGACGAGGGAGUGCUCCUCAGAGAAAGAUGUGCUGAAGGUGCUCAUGAUCACCGAGAGCUUGGCAUACCUCCACUGCUGCCUCAACCCUGUGUUGUACGCCUUCAUAGGAGUGAAGUUCAGGAACCACUUCUGCAAGAUCCUGGAGGAUCUGUGGUGUUUGGGGAAGAGAUACAUUUACCGGCGCUCUUCCAGAGUGACAUCUGAGGUCUACAUUUCAACUCGAAGGUCUACAGAGGGCUCAAACAAUGAAAAUGGCUCAUCUUUUACUAUGUAAAGUUGAAAGACUAACGGACUUCUGCACUAUUAAGUGAUUCAUACUUCAAAAUAAAAAGUGGCUGAUUUGUAUGAAUGAAAAAAACAGAUUUUUACUUUUCUUCUCAUUUGAUUUAGAAUACUGGAAUGAUGAGAUACAGUACUUGCAUUCAAGGAGCUGAGUUAACUUUCAAAAAUAUCACAAACGCAGUCUGAAGCCGCUUGUCCCAAGUGGGGUCACAGCAAGCUGGAGCCUAACCUGGCAACACAGAGCGUAAGGCUGGAGGGGGAGGGGACACA